UGUUGCUCUCCUUGUCGCCGCUGCUGCUGCUGCUGCUGCUGGUCAGCGCUUCACAAGCUGCUCAUUUUCUGGGCACCAUGAUGACCUACUACCCAGAGGAAACCUUUGCAGACGGCUCAGUCUCAGUGAUCCUUCGAUACAAGCUGAAUUAUGAUUCAUGCGUAUAUAGUGAUACAUGGGUAUGUAGUGGGAACUGUGGAACAGAAACCCAGACGCUCGCUUUGUCCGACGUUGAGGAAGUAACUGGUGAAUGGUGUCAGAGAGAAGGAGCGAUAACUCAUCUGCUCCCCAACAACACUGGAUUUCAGACUGUGACGGCUAAUGGAAGCUGGAUCAAUAACAUACAAAAYGGGAUUUCUUCCUGGAGAGCUGUGACUGCUGUUGAAGUGAGGAACCGGACCGACAUCGGAAAACCCAACACAUCCCCACAGACCACCAUCCUCCCUGCUCUGAGAAUUCCUUCAAACUGUGCAAAAAACAUAGAUUUAUUGGCCUUUGACCCUGAUGGAGACGAAGUGAGAUGCAGAUAUGGAAACACAUCAGAUUCAGAGUGCAACCCGUGUACACCGCCGUCUGUCCUCAGCGUCUCAUCUAACUGUUCUCUGUCAUUCAGCCCCACCAACAGCAUCACUGAGCUUCCAUACGCCGUCCAGUUGGUGAUGGAGGAUUUUCCCACCCAGGACAUAAAUUUGACUCAAACUGACGGAUCACAGGAGGUGAAAACUACCAAUGAUGCCAUCAGCAAGAUACCUCUACAGUUUGUUUUGAAAGUGGGUCCACCAGUGCCGUCCUGUGCAGAAGGCGAAUAUCUGCCCAGAUUUCUGUCUCCAACUCCAGAACACAGAGCUCAGCUCUACGCCCCCGCUGGUCAGACUCUGGAAAUCAACAUCAGAGCUGAGGCCACUCAAUCUAACAUCACCCGCCUCCUGUACAGUGGACCUCACAACGUGGUGAAGGCUUCAUCACCGGGACAGGGAAACUUCUCUCUGACCUGGACGCCGUCUGCCAGUGAGGAUGGACAGAGCCACCCCAUCUGUUUUGUUGUCCAGGCAAGUUACUUUGCUACUUUGCUGCACUCUGACCUUCGGUGUGUUAUCGUGACGGUUGGAUAUGGCCCACCAUAUAUUACGGCUCUGAACAUGAUGAUAUCUACCACGCUGUUAAUGGAGGAUGAUUCUGACGCCAUCAUGGCUCUGAUUAAAAGCACACUGGUUAAUGAAGGGCUGCCUUCAACCAUAAGUCUUCGCCUUCUGAGCAGCGGUCAAGUGGUCGUCACGACACCGAGCCCCUAGAGGAACAUCAUGACGAACUAACUGAUCUCUAAAGGGAAAUAUAUAUUCAGAAGACAGAAAUACCUUUUUUUGGGGGGUAUGAUUUUUAUCCAAAAAAAUAAAUGAUAAUGAUCAGUGGUUAGAACUGCUAAUGCAGUUUUUAAUUUGAGCUGAGGUUACCUUUUUAAAACACUGGGCAUUAGCUGUAGGUACUGGGUUUAAAUAAAGUUAUCAGUAGUGUUAAGUAGAUAUAUUAACAAUAUUCACAAUUUCUCAGUGGCAAUUUUCAACAUCUGUCCUUCAACCUCCUCCCCAAGGUCAGACAUCUUAAGCAGAAUUAGCCGUAAAAUGAAGAAUGAAAUCCUUCCAGUUACUCUCUGUAGCUCAGAGAACAGACUUAAUGAUACUGAACGGUUUAGCACCACAAUGCGUUGAAGAUCUGAUGUUGUUGUAUCGGCCUUCCAGAACCUCUCACGUCAAACAUGCAGAAGCAGCAUUCAGCAACUAUGCACCACAAAUCUGGAACAAACUUAAGGAAAACUGCAAAACAGCUGAAACAAUGAGUUCCUUUAAAUCAAGACACUGUUUAGGAUUGAGUUUGAACCAUAAAAAAUGGAACAUGGAUCAACAUAUUUGAUGUGUACCGAUGAUUCUAACAAUGGCACUUCACUAAAUGUAAUGUCAAUUACUGGUUUUCACUAUGGUGUGUUUAUGUUUUUGUGUUUUCUUGAUGUAAAGCACUUUGAAAUGCCUUAUUUCUGAAAUAUGCUAUACAAAUAAACCUGACUGAUUGAUUGAU